GACCUGGUCACUUUUCUGCUGCGCUACACUAAUCACCGGUUUCAAUCAGCCUGGAAGAAUAGUACGACAGAAUGACUUUGUCCGGAUCUUGCAUGUGUGGUGGUAUCGCCUAUGCUGCUGAGUCGGAGCCCCUCAUCACGGCUCUCUGCCACUGUAUCGACUGCCAAAAGUGGACCGGCAGCGCCUUCACCUCCAACCUCAUGGUCCCCCGCGACUCUUUCAGUAUCACAAAGGGAAACCCCAAACACUGCGACAUAACCGGAAACUCGGGCAAAAACAACCGCCACUUCUUCUGUCCUGACUGCGGCUCAAGUCUCUACAGCCAGCCUGAUAUCAUGCCUGAUAUUACUACUAUUAAGGCCGGGACGCUGGAUAAUGGGGAGAAUGGACUGAGGGGGCGUGUAAAUGUGGAGGUUUUUGUUAAGGAUCGGGUGGGGUUUGUGUCGGGUGUUGAGGGGGCAAGGCAGGAGAGGACUAUGUGAGCUGUACGGAGUAGUACUAUUCGGACUGCGUGAUGUUGGAUAAAUAUGUCAAGUCAGACACUGUCAAACAUGUGUCAAGAUGUCUUUCCGUGCAGCAUUCCAUUGCAUGUGGGUCUACCCAUACAUACAUACAUACCCACAGUGGACCGAACCACAAAAAAAUCUGAACCACCGUUUGAACCGUUUCCAUUCCAAACCAGACAACGAU